UAAUUAAUACACACACACACACACACAUGUUAUUUUGUAUAAAAUAUUGAACGAUAGAAUGAUAAAGAGAAUGUGGAAUUUUUCACAAAAACACUUUCGCGAAGGGUUUUUCUCGAAAAAAAAAAAAAAAAUAAAUAAUAAUUCGAAGUUGAAGUACGAAUUGGAAAAUGAUUUUGAACAACCCAAUAACCAGCUGUCGCGAAUUCGUUGACACGUCCAUCGUGCGAGAAUGAACCUUUAAUCCUGGUUACGAGUAAAGUGGGUCGAAUCUUCGUUAGGUUGGAAAUUAGAAUCGGUUUCCGUAUGCAUUAUCUUCACAGAGAGAGAGAGAGAGAGAGAGAGAGAGAGAGAGAGAGAGAUCGAUAUCAGAAUUGUUAGGUAAUUACUGUAGUGCGUUCUGAGUAUUAUUCCAAAAUCGAUUAUAGACGAAGGAUCGAGAAAUGGAUUUUCCAUGUUAUAUGAUUCAUCAGAUCAACGAUCAAUUAUUAUUCUUCUAUUUUUCGGAUAAAUCUUUUGGAAUACAAAAUAAUAUGAAAUGCGAUGACUUUAGAAUUUCUUUAAGUUUCUAUCAUUGAACAAAUAUUUUGUACUCGUAGUAAAAAGAGGACGAUUAAAGGGUACCAAAAAUAAAAAAUAAAAUAAAAAAAAAAGGGUAGUUAAUCGAGAGGCGAUAAAAUAAAAAGGGAAAUGGGGGUACGUGAUGUGGAACAAGCAAAGCGUCGAUUGCAAGAUAUCUUAAGGAAAGCACAAAAGCUCGAAAUACCAGCACAAGAGGUUAUAUCUACUAGGACUGCACAAAAGCUAUUAGCAAAAACGAAAAAUGUUGUUUCGUGGACAAUCUGGAUCGGUGUUUUCAUUAUUCUACUCAGUUUCGUCGUUUACACACGUUGGCCAACAAGACAGGAAGUUGAGACGGUUAGGACUGUACUUAGGCGAACGUGUUCACAUUCCGUUUCUGGGGACUUUUCGGAACGUGUGGCAGCUCUAUUACAAACAUCAUCGACCCAAGACGACUGCUAGUUUUCAAAGGAAAGUAUCUGAGUCAUCAUACUCCAUCUUCCAAAUACAAAACCCUUCGGAACUGUGGCAGAAGUUAUCGAGAAACUAACUCGAGUUAGUAUGCGAACAACAACAACAACAACAACAACAACAAUACACAUCGUAUAAACAUAAGACGUAUUAAUCAUUUCUUGUCAAAUUAAUUCGUAAAAUAAUUAAUAUUAAAAGCGUUUAUUAUUAAUAAUAAUAUUAAUAAUAAUAAUAAA